AUGGCCAAAAUUGACUCGCUGACGGUGCUCCACUUGCAGGUGUUUGGUCUCCUCUGCGUUUUCUGCGUGGCCACAUGCUUCAGAGCAUACCUUGUGCACCAGUAUGCCCAACGCCUCAACCAGUCCUCGGUGGGGAGCGGCUUGGACACGGUGCUGCGGCUGCUGCGAUCUCCCCAAGGCUUUGCACUGCUCUUCGCAGCCACAGCAUGA